CCACCCACUGUACAACAUAUCUAUAUGGGAGUAGGACUUGCUCUUUUGGCGCUUUGUAUUACAACUAUCGACUAUCUCAACGUAUUGCUUAUGGGCCACAUUUGCAUGCAUCUCAAAGUGCUCAACCUGUCCUUCGACGAACUCAAGAACACUAAAGUGGAUCCGUACAGUUGGUUGGUCUCCAUUGUUAAAUACCACUGCGAACUGAUUGUUUUGCGCCAAAAGGUGGAGCGCAUUUAUAGUUUGCCUGUCAUGCUGCAGUUUGUCUCAUCAGUUGUAAUCGUGGCCAUGACAGCGUUUCAAGUGCUGGUGGGUGAUGGAUCAAAGAGCUCGGUUAUUAUGGAUCUACUGCUCUGCUGCGUGCUCUGCCAAUUGUUCUUAUACUGUUGGUUGGCAAAUGAUGUGUUUGAGCAGAGCAAAACUCUACCAACUUCUGCUUUUGGCUGCAAUUGGCAUCCACUCGAUAAGAAGUGCAAACAAACUCUGCUUAUAGUUAUGAUAAAUGCGCAGCGUCCUUUUCUCUUCACCGCUGGUGGUUUCAUGGGCCUAAGCAUUCCAAGUUUCACAUAUAUUAUGAGCAAGUCCUACUCCAUUGUAGCAGUUCUACGUCAAAUGUAUACUCGCACAUAAAAAUUCCACCAGCCUUAUAGUAAUUAAAUGAAAAUUAAUUAAUUAAGUUCAA